UGGUUGCCAAGUUCAAACCAAACCACUGACUCCGGUGUGCUGUCGCUGGGAUGGCUGAACCCCGGAGAGUUCAGCUGUUUACUCUCAGCAGUGAUGCGCCCUCUUCUAACUCGCCUUCGACCCACAGGUGUCCGUCAGGGCUUCCGCAGAUGGAAGAAUCCCGCUCAGACCGACCCGCUGACACUGAAACAGUCCGGCUCGUCCUCACAUUAUUUGAGCCCGACGAGCGGAGCUUCCCGGAGUUCAGCUACAGGCAGCUUGUUGAUGACAAGAUAAGUCAGUCAAAAGUUGAAGGACCACUGAGCAGACUAGAGAAGGAAGAAAAGAGGGAGAACGAUGAAGUUGCUGCCAUUGCAAGGAAGUUGGAAGAAAAAUAUGGUGCCAAACCUAAGAAAAAAAAGGACCGCAUCCAGGACUUGAUCGACAUCGGAUUUGGUUAUGAUGACGAGGAUUCUUUCAUUGACAACUCUGAGGCUUAUGACGAGUUCGUGCCAUGCUCCAUCACCACCAAAUUUGGUGGGUUCUAUGUGAAUUCGGGCGUGCUGCAGUUCCGCCAGGCCUCUGACACCGAAGACGAUGACCUCACAGCCGAAGAGGAAACGCUUGAGAUGACAAAAAAACGUAAACUGAAUAAUGAUCAGGAGAAGCCAGGGAAGAAGCUGUGCAGAGCAGAUGGAGAGAUAAAAAGCAACAUGGAUCAUAAGUCAAGCUCUUUGUCUGAAAUUGGGCAGACUGAUGAGAUUGAGAUCAAAAAGAAGAAAAAGGCUGUUAGGACUCUGAGCGUCACCAGCAUGCUGAAAAAGUUUCAAAAAGAAAAGGAGAGAGAGAGACAGAAGAGAGCGAGGGACAAGGCAGCUGCAAAUCUGGGUGCAACAGCAACCCCUCUGUUUCCUGCAGAUGCAGGUGGGGGUGGAGGCAUGGGGCUAACUGACCCUCUUCUCAGUUUAAUUGGUUCAACCAAUGACCACGCUCUUAUUCAAGCAGCCAGCACAGUAGAUUUUGAUAUUGAUCUGGACUCUCUGUUAGAAGUCAGUGAAGAGAUCUCAUCGCCUAAAUCACUUCCUCAACCAGCAUUAGAGAUGCAGCUGAUCCAAAGCAAAACGGAUGAUCCCGUGCAGCUCGACACCUUUUCUGAUUCCAAAACCCGAACUUCAAAUUCAAAGAAUAAUUUUCUGGAGAAAUGUGAACCAGAGCAAACCCAGCUUGUGUCAGAUUCCAGUUCUACAUCACAGAGCGCCCCGCUGCCAGAGGGACUUCCCCCAGCGCUGAAAGACAGCAUUAGAAAACUCACAGCGGCAGCCAAGAUAUCAGAGGGAGAGUCAAAACUCAAGUUCUUCAGUCCAGAUAUCAACUCAAUCCUGCUAGACAUUGAGUUACAGUGUCGGGAGCAGAGUGGGUCACUGCGCUCCAAGGUGUACACACACCUGUCGUCUUUCCUGCCCUGUAGCAGAGAUACGCUUCUCAAACGUGUAAAGAAACUGCUAAUCGCACAAGUGGGGGAGCUCCCUGGGGUGGAAGAUCCCAUGCAGAAACUUAAAGAUGCCAUUGGAAGAUCUAUGCCUGAGCAGAUUUCAUGUUUCAAUGAAGAAUGUCAGGCAUAUGAACAAGUCAAGACUUCAAAAGCAACAGAGGACAAUGAUGAGGAGAAAACUGGGAGAAAAGCAGGUCCUAAGAAAGUGUUCAAGUGGAAUGAGGAGAUCAGAGAGUGUUUGGGCCAAGUGCUGAAAGCAAAAGCAGACAAUUAUAAAAAGGAAAGGAAGGGGGAACAGGAGGUUGAAGAGCAUCUCAAGAUCUUUCUUGACAAUGAGGUCAAACCGCUUUGGCCAAAAGGGUGGAUGCAAUCUAGGGUUCUGAUGAAGGAGAGCAGGAAAUUGUUAGAUCUCUCGUCAUUACUAACGAAGAAGGCCAAGUGUGAGAAGAAGCAGUCAUGUUCAUUCUCAGAUGACUGUAAUGACGAUCGGGGAAAUUCACCACUGACAGAAAUGUCCAGAGGAGCAGCUUCUGCCUUCACUGAAGGCUCCAAUAUACUCAGUUCUGUUCACGAGGGUGCUGCCAUGAAGAAGGGCGAGGUCAAAAAAGUGGAUCUGAAUGUCAGAGCCACCUCAAAUGCAGAGUCUGAGAAAUCUCAAGUUGAUGAGACUCCCACUCAUUCCCUCCUGGAUCUCCUUGCUGAACAAGCCCUGGCUCAGGAGCAACACCUCCCAGGGCUCCAGGAGCUCCUAGCAGAAGCUGCAAAAACCAAGUGUUUUGUUCAUCACUGGAGCUUUUCGGAGACACAGAGUUCUCCCCUCCUCCCUCCUCCUCCUCAGUCCAGCCCAGUUGGUUUCCCAGCACAGAGUACAUGUGGUGACAUUUUGCCUCAGAUGCUUCAGGUUGGAGGCACCAAACAUGCAGAUGCUGUUCAGGUGCAGAGAGUCUCUGAAGGUAAUGGUGCUACAAAAUGACAACCUUCAACAAAGACAUGCAAUGGAGCAGAAUCCUUGAAGAUGAACUGGGCACAUGAUGAGGUUCUAAUGGAGUAGUUCUUAUACUAAAAUCAACCAAGUUAAUGUCUUAAACUACACACUUUCACUUAAUACAUAAUAAAGAGAGCAUGUCAUAGGUG